AUGUCUCUUGGCAACAGAUUGCGAUUUGCAGGGCGACGUGUCUCGGCCAACGGGGCCAAGUACCUCUGGGCAGAAAUUGCCGCAUACCUCCGCCUCCCGCCGCCGCCGCCGCCGCCUCUCCCAAGUCACCACCACCCCGACGGUGCUCUGCUUGCCGUCAGUCCUCACAUCUCCCCGCGCAGCGACGCGCCCUCGAAGCACCGCCGUCGCUACCGCCCAUACCGCAGCAGCGCGUCGCACACCAUGAUGUUGCGCCCCGCGACGCCGCUGACCAUCCUCCUCUUCGCGGCCUUCGUGCUGCUCCUCAUCUCCGUCAUCUCGGUGCCGCUUGUGAAGCCGAUUGUGUUGGGCGAGUUUGACGGUAUUAGCUAUGGCGUUUUUGGGUACUGCAAGGCGGGUGGAGGAUGUAGUAAGAUGGAGGUGGGAUAUAAUCCUUCCGUCCUCCCCAACGCCAAAGGCAACUUCAACCUCGACCCCGCCACCCGCUCCACCCUCUCCUCCAUCCUCAUCGUCCACCCCAUCGCCGCCUUCUUCACCCUAAUCAUGUUCAUCCUCGCCAUAGUCUCGCACUUCCACUCCCCCUCCCACUCCCCCCGCUACCUCCUCGGCAUCUUCAUCCUCUCCAUCCUCACCCUCAUCAUCGCCCUCCUCUCCUUCCUCAUCGACGUCCUCCUCUUCGUACCGCACAUUGCUUGGGGGUCGUACAUCGUGCUGGCUGCUACGAUACUCAUCGCUGCUUCGGGGAUUGUGUCGUGCGCUAUGCGACGUACCCUCGUCUCAAGGAAGGCAAGAAAGCGCCGUAUUGCGGAGAAUGCGGAGAUGAAUGGGGAGAACUUUUAUAAUCGCCAGGCUGCGACAGGACCCCUACCAGCUCCCAUCACAGCACCAACUAUCGCAUCCUCCUCCGUCACGGGGGAGAACGGGGAUAAGCUCCCUUCAUUCGCAACCUUCGAGUCCGCCCAGGCCAACGCAGAUGCUCGCGCCGCAGCUCAAGCAGACGAUGAUCGCGUACCACUCACCUCGCUCACGCCUAACCGCUCCCCGGAGACUAUGCCAUCUUCCAUCUCCGGACGCCCUGAAGACAGAUACGGACCCCCACCACCUAUGCCUGGGAACCACGGCUACGGAGGACCACUGCAACGGGAUCAGUAUGGGAAUAUCAUCCCACCACAAGCCGGGAUGCGUAAUCCCGACCCGAGAAACCAAUUCGGUCCCGGCGGCUACCGCGGACGCGGCGGUCCACAAGGUUCAUUCCGCGGCCGUGGAGGUGGUCCAGGGUACGGUCGUGGUGGAUAUGGCGGAGGUCCUGGUGGUGGUCCCGGUUACGGCCCAGGACCAGGCGGAAUGCGCGGUGGUCGCGGCCCUCCCCCCAACUACCCCGGCGGAUACAACAACCGCGGCGGCGGCGGCGGCGGUCCCCAGCGUUCCGUCUCCCCACCCAACAACGGGUAUGGAUUUGAUCAAUCCCAACAGUCCCUGAAUUCCUCUGGAUACGGCGGACCAGGCAGAGGACGACCAGAGAGUCUCGCGCGCGCGGAGAGUCCACCGCCUAUGGAUGGAAUGGGUAUGGGCCCGGUGGGACAAGCAAUCGAGAUGGACGCCACAACCGGCAGCCGCAGUCCCGGCCUCCACCCGCCCGGUGGCUAUGGAUGGGGCCUACGCGACAGCGACGGAGAUGUAGCGGGGAUGGUUGGGUUACAGCAGCAAAGGGGUGUCAUCAGCGACGGUAGCAAGUACAGCGUUGAUGAAUACAUCCCCCCCCGCCAAAACUGGCCCUCAGGCGGGCCCCGCGCUUCCUCCCCUCUAACCGCGGGAACCACGGGACUCCACCCCGUUCCGCGCGCGCAUCUGUUGCAGCAGUCUGAGAGGAGUUAUUAUGAGGAUGUUGAUCCACGCUUCUCGCCGCCGUCACCGCAUACUGUUGGGUUGGCUAGCAGCCAUGGAGGGGGUGGUGGAGGAGCUGGUGCAGGUGGGCCAGGACCGGGAAUGGUACCAGCGCCGUUGAUGCCCGGGGGGGGGAGGAUGGGUGCUGGUAGCCCCGCCGGAGGAGGUAUGGGAGGAGGACCUGGGGGGAGGAUGGGAAGUCCGGUUGGGAGUGAACGCAGCGAGGGACAACGGCGGGGUGGUGGUAACAGUGGGGGGCAGCAGCAGGGGAGGAGGAAUGUGUUGGAUUCCAACGCCGACUUCGCCGUUCCUGGCGGACGGAUGUGAAACCCGAUGCCGCUGUUUGUUCAAGGUGGUAGUUUGAGUGGGUGUUGAGAGGGGUGGAUGUUGAGUUCUGCGUGUUGUGUUGUGUUGGGUACGCUGCCUAAUUGGGUGUGUGUUCGUGCUGGCUGGCUCUACGUCCCCUCAUUUCUUUACCUCUUACCUUUCUUUUGUCCUUUUCUUUUUGAGAGAGAGAGAUGCUUCUGGACCGGUUCUUGUUUUCGCUUCUCUUGUAUCCCUUUGUUUUCUUGUGUUGGGUGCGAAUUGUGUGGGCUGUGUUGAGUUUGGAAGGCAAGUUGUGUGUGUAUGAAGGAUGGCAGGGUGGUUUUUUGUAUAUAUAAUACUUCCAUCAGUAUAAUUCCUUGUGGAGUGUUGUAGGUUGUUGGAAAGAAAGGAAGGGCAGAUGGGCCGGUUGUACGACCAAGAGGGGAGAGAGAGAGAACAGAGAGAGAAAGAGCAGAGAGAGAGAGAGCAGAG